AUGUACCCACCGGAAGACUUUUUCCUGCUGAUGGUCGAGCCGCAGGGGCCGUUGGAUUUGGACAAAGAUCUUCCCCCAGCCCAGGAAGCGCCGCCGAAGCGAUGCCCUUCCCCGGCGCCGUCCACCUCGACGGCGUCGACCACCUCCACCUCCCCAACAACCCCAAAUCCGACACCCCAAAAAUAUCCACUGCCACUUCCGGCCCCGCCGAUACACCAGCAAAUAUUCCCGAUGCCGCCGUUGCUGACCAACAACCCAAACGGCCCGUUCUUCUCGCAAAUGUUGGCCCAACUGCCGCCCCACUCUUCCGCCGCCUCAACCGCCCUCCCCAAGCUGUUCGCUCCGCCAAUCCCAAUGCCACCACUCCCCUAUCAGAUGCCAUUUAAUCCUCUUAUGCCCUUCUCCAUCGCCUCGAUCUCCAGCGCUAACGCGCCGAGGCCUAUCCAGUUUCCGGCAACGGUGGAAUUGCCCGUGAAAGCGAACACCUCCAAGCCAACACCUCCACCUCCUCCUCCUCCACCCCCUCCGCCGGCGCCGAAAAUUGACGCACGCGAGAAGCGGAAACGGAAAAUUGCCAAAAUGAGGAAAGAAUCACCAGUCUGGGACUACAUCGUCCAACGCCGCCCCUUUUUCCUGCUGGUCAGAAAAGUCGACGGUGUCGCAGCCAUUUUCCGCGAAAUUGAGCGGUUGUUUCCGCUGGGUUGUGGCAUGGCAAGAGUCGAGCUUAUCGAGCUCGUCGACAAAUCAACGCCCUCAUCCCAGGAGAAUUUCGAAGCGCCUCCCGUGCUUGAAGCCGAAUGCCUUGAGCUCAAAUUUCCGGAGGACUGCCAGCCCGCUGCCAAAAAACGCCGUUUAAAAACCGUGCAAAGU